CCUAACGCAAACAAAGUAGAAAAAGCCCAAACAUUACACACUCGUUCAUUUCCCAUAUAUCCUCAUCAUCAAACCCUAGCUACCCCCGGAGAAGAACAACCUCGCCGCCGGAAAGAGAUUCUCAAAAAUGGUUUCCGGAUCAGGCAUCUGCGCAAAGAGAGUCGUGAUCGAUGCCCGCCACCACAUGCUCGGCCGUCUUGCCUCCAUUGUCGCAAAGGAGCUGCUCAAUGGUCAGAAGGUUGUUCUUGUUAGAUGUGAAGAAAUUUGUGCUUCAGGUGGUCUUGUUAGACAGAAGAUGAAGUAUAUGAGAUUUCUAAGGAAGAGGAUGAAUACUAAACCUUCUCAUGGUCCUAUUCACUUUAGGGCUCCCUCUAAGAUCUUUUGGCGCACUGUUCGUGGAAUGAUACCACAUAAAACUAAGCGUGGAGAGGCUGCACUCGCGCGAUUGAAGGUCUAUGAGGGUAUUCCUCCUCCAUAUGACAAGAUCAAGAGGAUGGUUGUUCCCGAUGCUCUCAAGGUGUUGAGGCUUCAAAAGGGACACAAAUACUGCUUGCUCGGACAGUUGUCAUCAGAGGUUGGAUGGAACUACGGUGGCAUCAUCAAGGAGCUGGAGGAUAAGAGGAAGGAACGCGCAGGUUUGGCUUACGAGAAAAAGAAGCUGCUCAAUAAAUUGAGGGCUAAAGCUGAGAAGAUUGUUGACGAGAAGCUUGCCCCCCAACUUGAAGUCCUUGCUCCCGUUAAGUACUGAGUACUAUUUGUUAACAUUAUUAUAAGGUUUAGUUUGGUUUUUUGUAGUUAAUAUCAAAUUGAUCUCCAUUUCGGUUUUGCUUGUUAUUCUAUGUUUGUUGGAUCUUAGAAAUGACAAUUUUGGAAGUUCUUUUUUCUAUUCUCGUUACAAUUUUUAUGUCAUUCCAACUUACUUUCCAAUAGUGUUGCCCCUUUGGUGUAACAUCA